AUGUAUUCUAAGGUAAACCUCGCUAGAGAUAGGCUACUUGUAGCUGAAGUAGCAUCAUCGCGUGCAGCGCCCCAUGAAAGCUUUUCGGGAUCGGGGCAAUUGAUCAAAAACACUCGUGGAUUGAUUGGGAGAAUACUGCUUGGGAAUAUUUACUGUCGUCUCUUGCUUAAAUAG